AUCAGUGCGUGUGUGUCGUGUGCGUGUGCGGGUGUGUGUGUGUUUGUGUGUGGCAGUCGUUCAGUGAGGAAAGGAGAGAGACGCGCCAGCACAGAGAGGCACGGAGCCGGAGCGGAGAGCAUCAAGUCGACUGCAUUUGGGGAAAAUCCUAAGCCAGCGUAGGAAUCAAGAAAAGUAACAACAAAAAAAUACUAACACCUCUAAUGUACCGAUAGGACGCGUUAGACUGGGGACUGUGUUGGUAUUUGGACAUAAAAUGAAAGGUUUACCUGUCUCUUUAUUGGAUUUGGAGUCCUAUUUGCGGCGGCUUUGACAGAGGAGUUGCGCAUGCAGAGUGGGCUUUCGAAUCGAACUUGACUUGGACAUCCAGGAUCCCUAAAACGACCUUAGAAAACCCACUGGACAUCAUCAAACUCAACGAUCGCCACCACCAUGGACGAAGGGCAGUGCUACUACAACGAGACCAUUGCCUUCUUCUACAACCGCAGUGGAAAGGACCUGGCUACCACCUGGAACACCGUGAGCAGGCUGGUGAUGGGGCUGGGCGUCACUGUGUGCAUCUUCAUCAUGCUCGCCAACCUUCUGGUAAUGGUCGCCAUCUACGUCAACAGGAGAUUCCACUUCCCAAUCUACUACCUGAUGGCCAACCUAGCGGCUGCUGACUUUUUUGCUGGACUGGCUUACUUGUACUUAAUGUUCAACACAGGACCAAACACAAGGUGGCUCAGUGUUUCAACGUGGUUGUUGCGUCAAGGCUUGAUCGACACCAGUCUUACAGCUUCAGUGGCCAACCUGCUGGCCAUCGCCAUAGAGCGUCACAUCACUGUCUUCCGCAUGCAGCUACAUACGCGUAUGAGCAACCGACGUGUAGUGGUGGUGAUCGUUAUAAUCUGGACUCUGUCCAUAUUGAUGGGGGCGAUCCCCAGUUUGGGCUGGAACUGUAUCUGCGCCCUGCAAAGUUGCUCCAAUAUGGCACCGCUUUACAGCAACUCCUACUUGAUCUUCUGGGCGGUGUUUAACCUGGUGACGUUUGUCGUGAUGGUGACGCUUUACGCCCACAUUUUUGUCUAUGUGCGACAGAGGACCAUGAGGAUGUCGCGGCACAGCUCUGGGCCACGGCGCAACCGAGAUACAAUGAUGUCUCUGCUCAAAACUGUGGUCAUCGUGUUGGGUGCCUUUAUAAUCUGUUGGACCCCAGGCUUGGUCCUCAUUCUUCUCGACGUCUUCUGCUCCAGCUGCACCGUCCUCAACUAUGAGAAGUUCUUCCUGCUCCUCGCCGAGUUCAACUCGGCUAUGAAUCCUAUCAUCUACUCAUACCGGGACAAGGAGAUGAGCGCCACCUUCAAGCAGAUCUUGUGCUGCCAGCGGCAGGAGAACGUCAACGGGACGGUGGCGGACGGAUCCGACCGCUCGGCGUCUUCGGUCAACCAUACGGUGCUGGGCGCCGGCGGCGUCCAUCACCAUCACAAUGAGCACUCGGUGGUUUGAAAUGAUUGCAAAAAAGGAAGUCUGAAAGUUGUAGUUGUUCUGCCUGAGACUAGGUAGAUGCUAAACGAGGGAUGUGAAUGUGACGGAUCAUAGACUGCUGUUUGAAUUUACAAACAGGUGACACAAACUGAUGACCAGCAUGAUGGCGAGAUCAAUGAAGAAACGGCGGAAGAAGAAUGGAAGUAAAAGGAAUGAUGGAAAGACCAUAUGAAGGAAGAGGGGAAGUCUAACGUUCGGGGACUCUGACAGGGUGUUUGUAUUUUUGUUUAGCUGUAUGUUGGGUUGUUUUGUGUUAAAUGUGUUUUUGUUUUUGUUGUUUUUUUUUUUACAAGCAAAGAUGAUAUGAAUUAUUUAAGUAAUCUGUGAAAUGGUAAUGCCAGUAUAACCAUUCUCUUUCUCCAUUCAGUCUGUUUAACCUUGGAACUACUACACUUCAAGACACACCAAGACAAAACUGUUGAGAAACAUUUCCAUGUUACCUUUCCCCAUAACUGAGGCAUAAAAAACUCCUCAUAGAUUCACCACCAUUCUACUAUCUGAACAGAAGCUGCUUCAUGAUUAUGUCAAGCGAUGGAGCAGAUGGACUGUGCUGUGAAUAGUCAAAACAGUAUCAACUUCGCACAUCAUCAGUUUAAAUCUUUGAUCAUUUUCAGAAAGUCUUGAAAAAGUCUAGCAUCUGUGAGAGUUUACCUAAAGAAACCUAGGUUUUUUGGGGUUUUUUUUUAGAUCUGUUACAGAGUUUUGACAUAUUUGUUGCAUUGAUCAGCUCAAGACUCCAGAGGAAAAAUAGUCUUUUCGUUUGCAGAACCAGCAGAGUGAAUUUAGAGGCAUUUGGAUCCAUUUGCUGCCGUUUUGCUCCUUUCUUCUUUCAUUUUGAGAUGAUAACCUAUUUCAUUUCUAUGCUCAUAAGCUGCUGCAUAAUAUUUUAUUUCUUUGCAAAUAAGUCAAAAGCAAAUAUUUCCAUACAGAGUAUAAACACUAGCAUAUUUUUCUCCACUGUCUGGCAAUAAACCAGACUUUAAUUUUUCCUACCAAUGUCAGAAUUACCAAAAUUAUUUCUUAUUCCGGCAUUUGGCAAAUGGUAAAAAUGUUAUGAUUAUUUCAGAUUUAUCACAGUUCUUGUUCAGACAGUGUCAAAAUAUAUAUUUUUUUUCUUUUUACUGUGCUGGCCUUAUAACCACAGUGUAUAAAGAUGCAGUUGUGUGUGUUUCUUUAUGCUAGUUAUGAAGACAUUAAGGGAUUGUUUAAGGGAUUCCACUGCAUUGCAGUAAAACGCAGUGACAACUUAAUAUCUUAGAACGCAACAAAUUGGUAAAUGUGCUACAUCAUUAGACCUGGUCUUUUAUCUGUAGAGAUAAAACAUGGCUACGCUCCUACUGUUUUUUAAUCUGAUUUAACCCACUGGUCUGCAUAUUUUAAAGAAAUAUCGGUUAUUCCAAUACCUAUAACUUGGUUAUUCCAACUGAGAUGAAGCUCUGCUCAAACCGUUUGUCCUAAGAUGACAGCAGGUCGAGUGAAAUAAAUAAGCGCAAACAAAUUUGCACUCAGACAAAAAUUUUGACAAAAUUCUCCGAAAAUGGAGGGCUUAUAAAGUCACCUACUGGCAGAGCAGAAGCAUGACUAAGACUCUGCAGUCAUGCUUGGAGCUGUGACACACUCACUUCAGACAGAGUGGUGCUGUGAGUGUGCCACUAGCAGAGCCAAUAAAACUCCAGUCACACAUAGUUCUGAUGAGCAAUUUCCUCAAAGGUCUGCUAUUUCAAGAUAGCAGUCCGUUGGUGUCGCAGACAUUAUGCCAGGCUUAAACAAAAACCAUUUCACCUUUCUGUGAAAAUGUAUGUUUUCUAAUAAACUGUUCCUUUAGGGAACCACAAGCUUGUGUUAAAAACACCCAGUUGAACGUCAUUAAGUUACAAGAAAGGGAGUUCCCUAAACUUUUGCUGCAACAGUGUUACUGAUCACAUAAGCAAGGUUACAUGUACAUAAAAGUAUGUAGUUUGGUGAAGUAGCAGCAGAUGAGACGAGCUGACAAACUCUGCUUGACAUCCUCUUCUAGUAUUCGUCAAACUAAUUUGUUAAAUUUGUUGAAAUACAAUAAUUAUUGUCAAAGUUCUGACUUUACUUUGAUGUCCUGUGCUAGACUCUCUUGGAUUGAGAAAAUAGUCAUUUGUUAGUGUUUAUAGACCAUGAGAACAUUUGUUUUUGAAAGGCACGUAGACUGAAUCAAAAGAGGGUCCAGUGAAAAUAAAUCAGUGAAUAGAUGUUUUAUUUUUUCUUCAUUUUUUUUUUUUUGCAACUGUUCUGCAUCAGGUAAAUUCUGGAGCAUUGAUAUGAUUCCUAAAUAGAGUCAGCUAUGCCACACUUUGUAUAGUAAAAACUCAUGUAUGAAUAAAGUAUGUCUGUUUCAAAAAGAAGGGGUUUAUUUGCCCCUUCACCAAUCUGAUAAAUUAUGGAGCAUAACAUGUUUUUGCUACUUUCAAGACUUCUUUUGGUUUUGCUAUUUCUCAAGCCUAAAUGAUUCAGAUCAUUUAUUUCAAACAAAGAUAACCCGAGUAAAUACAAAAAAAAUAUGUUCAUGUAAUAAUUUAAGGUGUUGUUAAUUGCAUCUAAACCAAUCUGACCCUAAAUGUAAUUACCAACAUUGUGGAUGAACUUUUUUGUAGUUGUUUUUUUCAUCUUACUGGAGACUGAAAGAAGCAUUUUAGAGCAUAAACAUGUUAGGUAAUGCUAAAAGAUUAUGUACAUGAAAACUUAGCAUAGCUUGUCUAACUAAAUGAUGGAUUUGGUGGUUUUAAAUGGAAUCUAAACUUCUAUAUAAAUUAAAUAAUCAAUAGAAGCAUGCAGUACCAACGCAAAGUAUUAUACAGCUGAUACUAAUGCCUAAAUGUGGUUUCAUGGAAAUGCUUAAAUUUCAGUUAAACAUGUCCAUGAAACCAACAUGAAUUUUAAUUUCCUUUACUAAGCUAAACAGUAACACGGUCAGUUGAAGUUUCCCGUAUUUAGUCAACAUGUGAUAUUUAAAGACUUCAAAUCCAUGUUGCCAAUUUAUUUCAGCUUAGAUUCUUUUCUUUCAGGUAAAAAAAAAAAAAGAAAGAAGAAGCACUGUUAUGAACUGCACCUUACUCAAAGCUGUCAAGUUGUUUUUUUCUUUCACCGUGUCAUGUCAAGAGGGCUGUUUUGGUGCUUUUUUUUUUUUGUCUGAUUGUUUUUACACAUUUAAAAGGGAGAUUUAUAAAAUGCCUUGUCUUUUUAAAUAAAAAUGAAUUAUCAAAUUUGCCCCUACCUGUUCAUCUGGACACUGGUUUGUGCUCUCCACUUCGGUAACUGAAAACCUAAAGACCUUUUCUAUACUGUCAUUCUUCACAUUCACAACUUUUUUUUUUUUCUGACUAAUGAAUUAUUCAGCUAAUUAUAGCAAACCAAAUAAACUGCCAAUGCUUGUCUGUUUACUAUUGUGUCACCCUUUGCAUACCCUUGUAAGUAUAAUUGUACAGUUUUCUUAAAUAUAUCUGAAAUAUGUUAUUCCAAAGUUAAUCGCGAAAAAGUGAAACAUGUUUGUUGGAUUUCAUUGUCAUAUUUUUGCCCAAGUGUACUGUAGGAACGCCUUUGUGGUUUGAUGUCAUCUAUUUUCUGCUGUGAAUGAAGUGAAUUUUCUGAUGGCCAUAUAAAAAUUCUGAACUUUUUUUUUUUUCACUUGCUUAAAGCUAGCUUUGUGAGUGCAGUGCAUUCCAGUUUGUUUAGAAAAGUAACCCUACACUAGACUUAGUUGGUUGGAAGUCUCACGCUUGUUUCACCUUCACACAAGUCCAGCAGUGUUUCCAUGUAAAUACGUCCAACAGCGGUUUCACAGAGCAGAGAGGUGAGAAGUGAAACCCCCUGGAGUUGAACAAGAGCAGCAGGCGGAGUUAAGUUAUCUUUACUGAGUCUGCUAGUAGUCUGGCAUUUUACUGGAGCGAGGGAUGUUACUCUUAAGGGCAAUGCAUUUGUCUCAACACUUAUUUUCUUCUGUAAAUCUCAUAUUUCGUUUCAUGAUCUGUCCAUUUCUGUUCAGAUUAGCAUGAUGUGCCUCAUUUGUAGUUUUGUGGUGAAUCAGUGUUUAUUGUGGCCUUCUACUGCUGUUGUUUGGCACAGCUAGCUUGCCAAACAAGCUAGCUGUGCCAAGCGCAAUUCCCAUGUCUCUUUUUUUUUUUUUUUUCCAAAAAACACUACUUUAAAACCUUAAAAAUGCCAAACCUUUCUGUACCAGUAGUUUUAGUGUGUAAAUGUGACACAGAAAUUGAUUUUCAAUCAUAUCAAUACAUCAGACGUCAAUGCCAAUGAAUAUACACCCAAAGCAAUUGUGUUGAUAUUUCAAAACCAAUAAAAAAAACAACAACAUUAGAAACAUUCUAA